AUGUGGCAGAGGACCGAACCAUUAUUGGGUUUGGGGGGCAUCAUAGGGGCUACAGGGGUCUGUGGGAGGAAAAAAGUGGGGUCUCUUGCAAGUGGGGUGGGGGAGGCGCCUCUUCUGAGCUCCAAGCCGGCGAGACACAGGCGAGGGUUGGCGGCGGCCACAUCUGCACUGGGGGGGCCGGUGCGCAUCUGCACGAGAAAGAGCUGCCGGCCAGGGUCCCCGCCACGCUGCCUGCCGCCCCCACCCCCAUCGGCGCGCGCGCGCGCCCAGCCCCACUGGCUGGCAGACACGCGCUCGCGCUGCCUUUCUUGGCUGGCCCCCACGCUACCACCCCCGAUUCCCCCGAGGGUCCCGCAUCCGGAAAUUCAGCUCCGGGAUCCGCAGCCUGGCGUCCCGGUGCGCACCAUGCGGGCCCUGCUGCUGCUCGGGAGCAUCGCGCUGCUGGCCUCCGCCGCGGGUCCAGCCAUGGCGCGCCCAUCCAACGAUACGAGCGCAGUGGCCCCGGGCCCGCUGGGCGGGGGCCCGGGACCGGGCCAGGCAGGGUGGCUGGAAGGGGGUCGGGCCGGGGGCGCUGGGGGUCGUGGAGGCGAGGGCCCCGGGGGCAGCACGGCCUACGUAGUGUGCGGAGUCAUCAGCUUCGCCCUGGCGGUGGGCGUCGGUGCCAAAGUGGCCUUCAGCAAGGCGUCGCGUGCGCCCAGAGCGCACCGGGAGAUCAACGUGCCCAGAGCUCUGGUGGACAUUCUAAGGCAUCAAGCAGGACCAGCAACCCGCCCGGACCGGGCCCGAAGCAGCUCUCUGACCCCAGGGCUAGGAGGCCCAGAAAGCAUGCCUCCCAGGACACCCAAGAACCUUUACAACACCAUGAAGCCCUCCAACCUCGAUAACCUGCACUACAACGUCAACAGCCCCAAGCACCGCGCUGCCACACUGGACUGGCGAGCCAUGCCACCACCCAGCCCCUCCCUGCACUACUCCACGCUGUCCUGCUCUCGAUCCUUCCACAACCUCUCGCAUCUCCCUCCAUCCUAUGAGGCUGCUGUGAAAUCAGAACUGAAUCGCUACUCCUCUCUCAAGAGAUUGGCUGAAAAAGAUCUAGAUGAAGCCUACCUGAAACGCAGACAUCUAGAGAUGCCCCGUGGGACACUGCCUUUGCAUGCACUGCGGCGGCCUGGUACUGGAGGUGGCUACCGCAUGGAUGGCUGGGGUGGUCCCGAGGAGCUGGGCCUGGCACCGGCACCCAACCCCCGGCGGGUUAUGUCCCAGGAGCACCUGCUGGGUGAUGGCCGAGCUUCCCGCUAUGAGUUCACAUUGCCUCGAGCGCGGCUGGUGUCUCAGGAACACCUGCUGCUGUCCUCACCAGAGGCACUCCGCCAGAGUCGAGAGCACCUGCUGUCACCCCCACGAAGUCCUGCACUGCCCCCAGAUCCCACCACCCGGGCCAGCCUGGCUGCCUCACACUCCAACCUGCUGCUGGGGCCUGGGGGCCCCCCCACACCACUGCAUGGGUUGCCUCCAUCAGGCCUGCAUGCCCACCAUCACCACGCCCUUCACGGCUCUCCUCAACCAGCCUGGAUGUCCGAUGCAGGUGGGGGUGGGGGCACACUGGCCCGCCGGCCACCCUUCCAGCGCCAGGGAACCCUGGAGCAGCUUCAGUUCAUUCCUGGGCACCACCUGCCACAGCACCUGCGCACUGCCAGCAAGAAUGAAGUGACUGUCUGAGGCCAGGGUAGAGCGCUGGGGGCUGUGGCUUCUGAGGCCCCCUCCUCCCAGCCCAGAUCUCCAUCACAGGCUUAUCAUACACACCAAGGGUCUGAGACCAGAUGAGCCCUUGGAUCGGAGACCACGCCUCCUUUUGGGAUGUCACAGUAGAUGAGAUCUCUCCUCCUACUUUGUCACUGUUUGAACCAAGGCCUCCUUCCCAUGAUGUCAUCACAGAGGAAGAGGCCUGUACAUGAGGUCAUCGCUAGCAAAUAUGUCUGUGUUCUAUGAUGUCAUUGCAGAAACUAAACCUCCUUCCUAUGAGGUCACCACAGAGGAAGAGGCCUGCCCAUGAGGUCAUCACUAGAGGCUGUAUCCAUUUUGCAUGACAUCACCAGAGACUCCUUCCCUGUGAUGUCACCACAGACAAUGCCUUGUCCCAUCCCAUCAUCCCUAGAAACAAAGAUUUCCUCUGUGAUGUCACUACAGAGACGAGUCUCCCACUUCUUGAUAUCGUCCUGAGCACCAAGGCCUCUUGAAACUGUCCAAAUGUUUCUCUGCUAUGGAGAAGAUGCCUCCACCCCAUGAUGCCAUGACUACAGACGAAGCCAUUUUCCUGGGACACACUGCAGGGGACCGUGCCCUGCCCUUGUGUCCUCACUAAAGAUGAGGCCUCCUCCCCACAGUGCUGUCACAGGAUUUUGCCUCCCUCCUGUGAUGCCAUCACCAGAAUAGGUGCCUUGCCCGAUGGCACCAUCACAGGGGCCGUGCCUCUUCGAGCGCAGUCAUUACCAGUACUGACCACCUGUUCCAGGGACCUCUCCAGGAGGAGGCCCUGCUGUGGUGUGACCACUAGUGACCACCCGCUUGGAAAUGACACCAGGGGACACCUCUAUUGCUGUGCUGGGUUGUGAAAAAGUUGGGCGUGUCCAGCCGAAGACCAUUUCGGGAAGAUGCCAGAGAAAGCAGCUUUUCCUGAGAUGUACUAUGAGGGUGUCGGCACUGGGGAUGCCAAGACAAUGACCUGUCUGUAGGAGGCUGGCGAUGAUGCCCUCCAUCGCCUGGACAUCAUCAUAAAGGGUUUCCUUCUCAGAGGCGGUCCCCACUCUCGAUGGCCACCAGUAGUGAUUGUCAUCAGAGUCCUUGUCUUGCUUCCCUAUAACUUAGCUCCAUGGCUUCUUCCCAUGACCCCAGGGACAUGGCCAACAGGAUGUCUACCAGCGCCUCUAAAGGAAGGUUGGGCCUGUGCAGUGAGUCCUUGGGGAUGGCACCCAUGGAUGAGCUUCAGCUCCAAGGAGGCCACUUUGAUCCAUGAGGCUUCUAAAAUCCUGGGACUCAUAGGUGGGCCAAAAGCUGGCAUUACUUCUUUCUGCCAUAUCUAAAGACAUCAGCUCUGUCAACAGAGCCCCCACCUCCUAUUGGAGGGAGAGGGUUGGGGUGUAUGUGCCGCUGACCUUGCCGAUGACAUCAUCAAUGCUACCCAGUGUACUCCUUUCAUGAUGGCAUAGCAGUUGGGGUCCAGUGCUAAUCAUGUCAUUUCCCAGGAUUCCAUAAGACUCACCUCAACUAGCACAUCAUCAUCUACCAGGAAUUGUCACCACUAAUGAUGUCAACAUUGUCUCCCAAUAUUCCUCCCAACCGUAGUGUCACCAUCUCCCAGGAUCCUCAAAGCAUGUCAUCAUCACCAUCUCCUAUGAGCCAUCACAGCAUGCUGUCAUGGUGUGCCAGGAUUCACCACAAAUAUGUUCUCAUCACCUCCCAGCAUUCACCACAGCCAUAGGUCCCAUCAUCUCCCGGGACCCAUCAGAACCAUGCUGUCCUCAUCUCUCAGGAGCCACUACAACCAUGAUGUUCUUGUCUCCCUAGUUGUGCCAUGACCAGUGAUGUCCGUCCUUACCUUCCAAUCAUUCCAAAUCCAUUAUGCCUCAUGGUGGCCCUCUCCAAGAGGCCUUGUUAGGACGGAUAGUGCCGAUGUUUUUCAUUAUCACAGUGUCGCCAUCUCCCACGAUCUACCUGCCCCACGUCUCAUGUCUCGGCCACCAGAGCUAUGAUGUCACCACUUCAUAAGAUCCACCGCAGCUGCGGUGUCCUUGGAUUCAUGCAGCCCUGCAUCGCCACAUCCCGGAUCCCUCUGAGUGUCACAGUCAUAAGCCACAGGAGUCCAUGAGAGUCAUGGUGUCACCACCUCGGCCCCAAUCGUGUCCUGUCAUGAUUCAUCAGCAGUCACUGUACCCAUGGUGCAUCGCCUCCAGUCAGGCAUACUAGCCAAUGGUGUCUUCAUCUCCCAGGACCCUCUCGAACCCCAGUGUCUCCGUGACCUAGGGUCCCUCUCCCAUAACGAUGAUGUCAUCACCUCCUGGAUCCAUGACAAACAAUGCCAUCAUUUCCAGAGCUCACUGAAGUCCUGGUGUCACUGCCUCCCAGAAUCCACGUUAAAACUGUGUCCUCAUCUUCCAGGACCCAUGGCACUUGUGUCCCAUCUGCCAGGAUCCACCAUCUUAGACCGGCUAUCUUUCCAUUGUCCUCUGGGGUCUCAUGGCAUUUACAGUUCCUCCCUUCAGGGGAACCAGCACAACAGGCCAUUUCCCAUUCCCUCCGCAGGACUAGGGUGGAGCCAGCUGUCUCCCUCUGAUAGUGCCCCCCUCCCCCACUCUGGCCCUUCUUGGUUAGUCACUGCCUCACUCCUGAUCUGAAUACAUACCUGGGUCCAGACUUGGCCUUGGCUAGCCUCCUUCACCCACUGGUGAGUGCAUCCAAACUCUUCCUGUGUCACCACCGUCCCUCACCCAGCCAUUAGAUCGGUGACAGGGUCAACCCAGUGACUUCACAGCAGUAGUAGAGGUGGGGUUUCCCAGCCCUUGGGUGGCUUCACUGACCUACUCCACUCAAUCCCUGUUACUUGGAUCCCACUACCAGAUCAGAACUCACUAGCUUGGGCCAAACUCUCUUUAGAAUCUUGGCCUGUAGGAAGAUGCCACAGCUGGCAAACCACUUGCUGGCCAGUUCCCGGGGUAGGGAUACCUGAGAGCAAUGGCCAUUGCUACCUUCAUCUGCAAAGGCCAAGAAGGGUGCUCCUUCACCCCUUCCCGUAACAUCCCAGGGAGUACCCAGGGGUUUCAGGGAGUCCCUAACACCCAGUGCACAAUUUGACCCCUCCACACACAGUUCUCUGUACAUAUAGCCAUGUUUCAGGGGGGCGGCCAUUCCCCACUCUUAAAGGGCUACAUGUCCCCCUCCCAGCCCCCAAGGCAAGGAGGGGGCUCUUCUCCCUCCUCUGGGCCGCCCUCUCCCUCUUAUGCCCUCUUGCCCCACCAAAUAUUGGCCUCUGUGCUCAUCCCUUCUCGCCAAGAGCCUGGAUGGGAUAGACGGUGCCAGGGUCUCCCCAUCGAGGGAGGUAGGAUGUUACCACCAAUCCUCCUAAACUCCAGCGCCAGGUUUUCAAUCUCCCGGCUAAUAGACGUUCCGUGGGCUCCCCUUCCAUUCUAGGGCCUCCCUUCAAGCGCGCUUAACACUCCCACGGAACAUACAGCUUUCUUCAGCCCCCAGCAUCGCAGGGGUGCGGGAGCUUUCAGCUUUUGUUUGCCCCCUUCUCUCAGUCUCUCCCUCCCUCCAUCCUAACUUAGAUUCCUUCCUGGGAUCGGCCCUCCCCGUCCCCCAGCCUCUAACCCUCCGUUCACCCGCCCGACCCAGGAACUUUGACCUCUUAUCUCAAUAAAGCCAUAGUGGGGAGAGGUCUCACCCGCCCCCCCCCCCCACUAGCACCACGAUGCUUCCAGAGCUGGGACCUGGCCUUCUGAGUCUUCCCCCCUGUUCCCCAGUAAACACACAAACACACACGGACGGGGUGUGCACUGCCGUGCAGGGAAGCAGCUCCCCUUCUGGUUGGGGCUUGCAGAGGGGAUGCCAGAUUGAAGUGCUCCACCGGAGGACCCUCCACACCUCUGAAUCCUAGCCUCACUCCCCUCUUCCCACUCUCCUUUCCAGUGCUGAACCCACCUUUGACUUCCUGGUGAGGACAGCGAGAAGAGCUGGCGCUCAGUGGGGGGUGGUUUUUGUUUUGGAAUAAACAGCUGUUUUUCCUGA